AUGGCUGAAUGGAAGUUGUUCUUUCGUAUCUCAAAGACAAAGGAUAGAUUUGGCCGAAAAAGAUCGCUGGGAGUCAGCCCCAGACAUGUCGGACGAUCAAGAACAUCAAUUUCUGAUCAGAAAAGAUGGAGCUUAUCAAGAGAGCGAAUUCAAGGGAGUAGGAGCUUGGGAAUCUUGUCUGCACAGGGGCAAUUGAUUAUCUGCGGGUCAGAAACUUACGCAGUGAGCUCAGCCGAGAUGUCAGAAGCCCGCGCCUGUCUAGCAGGCUUAGUCCAAGCAAGGCACAUGGGGAUUACAAACUGCCAACUACAGACGGAUAGUCAAAUAAUGGUGGACACAACACACGGCAGGAGAACAUGUCCUUUACUCCUAGAGCUGCUUUUCGAUGAGAUCUUCUUGCUUCUCUCCUUAAUAUCUAAUGUAAUAGUUAGAAAAGUUCCAAGAGACAAUGUAGAAGCGGUACAUAUGUUAGCAAAAGCAACUCUCCGUUUGUCCGCCUGA